ACAUUUUUACUUUUCAAGCAUUUUCAGUGAGAAAUUCUUCAGUUCGAACAUUGAUUCUGUUUGUGCUGCGUGUGUUUUGUGUAGCAUCUGUGCGAUUUUUGUGUGACACAGUGAAAAUCGACAUUUGUUGGAAGCGAAAGUGUUUUACCUAGUUAUCCAUAAAUCAUUUUUUCCCAAUUGCAGUGUGUGAAUCAAAAAAACACACACAUCGUUUAGUUUGUCAUCAUUUCUUUUGCCCCGCUGUCAUCAACGAAAAUUGUCUAUAUUUAGUGUUUCCGUAAAAUAAGAAACUGUCACUGAAUCACACAUCGCUUGUAAUUAAUUAUUACAGAGAGGCAUUGCAAAGCUUAUUGGAUUCCUUGGAUACUGAUAAGCCAUAAGAAACUAGUUCAUUCUAAUUGGUAUUUAUAGUUGUUGCUGCUCAGUGUGGAACGGAUUUUGUGUGAUCAACAAAGUGAUAGCAAAAAAUAUUUCUAAAUCAUCCGUUCACAAAGGAGUUUUUCAAACAGCAACAGCAGCAGCAGUAUUUAAAUAAGCUGGUAAUUGAAUCGAAAACAGCUACGGUUAGGGUGAGCUGUUUUCGGUUUAUUUCUGUGACGUAGGUCAAUAUUAGCACAAUUGCAAACGUUGAUUGUGGGCGAAUCUGCGCCCCACAAGAGAAAACCGGCACACUGAACUUCUCAAGUUUCAAAAGUAGCUUCACUUCAAAUGUCAAUUUCCUGAAACGAAGAUUCAGUUCGGGAGAUUUGUCUUCCGAAUGUGAUGAUGUAGACCCGAACGAUCCAACUGGCACCGCGCGCGCACCACCACCACUUCAACAGCAACCGAUGCCCAAUUCAAGCGGUGGCCCACCAAGUAUGCCACCACCUCCAGCUCCGACACGUGCUCAAUCUGGAAAUGCACCGGAUUUAUCGUUGAGCUUUGGUAAGGGACCAGCACGUGGUACUAGCGCUCCGGCAAGUCCGGCAAAAUCACGCGAAAGCUUAUUGCAGCGUGUUCAGAGCUUGACUGGUGCUGCUCGUGAUCAAGGCGCAUCAAUCAUUGGUGCGGCUGUUCAAAGUGCAACGCGUCCAGCAUUCAACAAAGAUCGUUGCUUUACUUUGCUUGUUCUUGAUGAUCAGAACACCGAUUGGUCAAAGUAUUUCCGUGGCAAGCGCUUGCACGGCGACUACGACAUUCGUGUCGAACAAGCCGAGUUCAAGGAAAUUGGAUUGGCUUCAAGUUCUGAGAAUGGAACGACGGUGUCGAUGGCGGUCUUUCGUGGAGGCACCAAGGUGGUGCGUUCGUUUAGACCAGAUUUCGUGUUGAUUCGUCAACCUCCGCGCGAUGGUUCACGAGAUUAUCGCUCGACCUUGUUGGGUCUUAAGUUCGGUGGCGUUCCAUGCAUCAAUUCAUUAAAUUCAGUUUAUCAAUUCCAGGAAAAGCCAUGGGUAUUCGCUCAUUUGUUGCAACUACAACGGCGCCUUGGAAAAGACAACUUCCCGCUGAUCGAACAAACAUUUUUCCCAAAUGCUCGGGAAUUGUUCGCGCAGCAAUUUUCGCAGCAGAAAUAUCCGUAUGUAUUGAAGGCUGGCCACUGUCACGGCGGUACUGCAACGGCUAAAAUUAUUGAUCAAAAUUCAUUGCAAGAAGCAGCUGGUUUAUUGAAUGGAUCUGGACUCGCUGACAUUCAAUGCUACUGCACAUUGGAACCGUUCAUCGAUGCCAAAUUCGAUGUUCACGUCCAAAAAAUUGGCAACAACUACAAGUCAUUCAUGCGCAAAUCGAUCUCGGGCAAUUGGAAAACCAAUCAAGGAUCGGCAAUGCUGGAACAAAUCGCAAUGACCGAAAAAUACAAGAGUUGGAUCAACGACGUUUCGGAGCAGUUUGACGGUAUGGAAGUGUGCGGUCUAUCGAUUGUCGUUGCAAAAGAUGGAAAGGAGUACAUUUUGUCGGCUUGUGAUAGUACAUUGACUUUAAUGGGCGAUACACAAGAAGACGAUCGUCGUCAUAUUGCCGAUCUUGUCGUCACACGCAUGCAGAAUGUUUGCCGUCCAUCAAUGGCCGGAAAAGUACCUCAACGUUCAUCUGUAUCGUCGCGUGGUAGCCCAUCUGAUGAGAAUGCUCCGGCUGUUCCGCCGACUGCGAGCUACUCUCGUGGAUCGUCUAUUAGUGGAGCACCUCCUCCGAUCCCGGAGCGAACCACUCCUGGGCCAGGCUCAAUUGGUCGUCAUGGCAGUUUGAGCAGCGUAUCUUCUGAUUUACCAGAGCAACCAACUGAACGUGCACCGACUUUGGCAAGUGUUGGACGACGCGAUUCAGCAGCCUCUCAAACAUCAACUGGCUCGAAGACAUCAUCGCGUGCACCGCCCCAAAGUCAAAGCUCGGUAGUCGAAGAUGCUGAAGAUACAAUGAAAAAUUUGCGUAAGACUUUCGCUGGUAUAUUCGGUGACAUGUAGGAAUUAGCUGGCAAAAAACGUGGAAGGACUAGCGAUACCAGUUCAGUAACAUCGGUAUCAGCUCAGUCACAAAAUCAAACCCCUUCAUCAAUCACAUCAACCACAUCAUCAAGCAGUGUAUUCAAAUAUGAUCAAACCAACACAACCGCCGCCACCAUUUCAAAUAGCAAUAAUUUGGUUAAAACUGAUUUAACGUCGAAUUUGGACAGUAAAACAACAACGGCAACAGCAACAACGAUCGAUACAAAUGCAUCUUUAGGUUCUUCCAACGUUUUUAGCGCCUCGAUGGGGCCAACACAGGUUAGCGCAAGCUACAGCAAAUUCCAAACAAGUACGUUAAACCCAUCGGAACGUAUUAAUCCAUUUGAUAAAAAUAAGCAAGUGUCAGCAAUUGCAUCCGCCGUCGAAACAACGGCAUCGAAACCAAUAGAGAGUUCAGUGACUCCAUCGUCAUAUUCGAGCAGUGCAAGUGGCUCGACAUUGGAUGAUUUAACGAAAAGUCGUUUUGAUAAAUAUCAAGGAGUUCCAAGUCAGUCGGCAAGUCAUUAUGGAAUAACGACCACCAGCUCCGAUUUGUACUCAAGUGACAGUGUGAAAAGUACCACCUCGGUACUUGGCAGCAGCAUUAGCACCACAUCAUCAUCCUAUAUCACCGGAAGUGAUCUGACAAAAUCAGAAUAUAGCGUCACUUCAAGUGAUUGCAGCAAGAAGCAGCCAGACACAACGAAAUCGAAAACCGUUUCAUCUAGUCAACGCGCCAAUGCGGCAAAGUAUGCCUUCGAAACCUCAAAAUAUUCCACGGGUUCAAUGAGCGAUUCAGAGAUAAUUUUUGGAUCAAACGAUGUUCCCGAUUUGCUAUCAAAGCGUACGCAAUUUGGCAGCAAUAGCUCAAACACAGUCGAUGCAUCGAAUUCAAUUUAUGAAUCGGGUCGAAAUGUGUCAUCGUUUAAUCGCAGUUUGAGCGUUUCUUCGGACAACGCUGGCGAUUUUGCCAACGAUCCCCGGGUCAACACAUCCUAUCGGAUCUAUGAAGGCAUCAAUAAUGCAGCAUUCCAAGAUUAUGAUUCGCCAGUCAAAACAAGCACAUCGUCAACCUCUGACACCGCAAAUUUCUCAUCAUCAUACAUCAGCGGCAGCAAAUUGUUCGACGACGAUGACGACUACGAUUUGAAAUAAGCAUUUGAAACAGACAGUUUGAAUUAAAAUCUAUUUAGUUUUUAAGCAUUUUAUUUGUUAUCGAAUUCAUUUUGCAAGUAAUUUGUUAGCAUUUAAACGAUUCAUUUGCUAUGCAAGAAAAGCCAAUUCGGUUACUACUUGAUGCAUCAUAAACUUAGAACGCCUCUGAAGUUUCUUGGUUUCAUAGAACAUUUCAGUGCUAAAUUUAAUACUUUUUCUCUUCUGUUUAUUUGUUUAAAAAAAAUCAAUUGACAAAUACACAAAGUAACCAUUUCAAAAAAAAAAAUGCAAAUUAUUUAUUAGGACAUUGAACAAGGAAUAUUAUUAAAAACAAAUAAUAAACUUUAUGAUAUUAUUAAUCAUAACGCUAGAACAGAUGAAACAAAAAUCUCAACAUAUUUGAUAACCAAAAGUGAAACGCAACUAUUAUAAUAUUGUAUGAUUAUCUUUGGUUUUGAAUGCUUCUGGUGAAAAGUUGAUAGAGAUGAAGAAAUUCGGAAAUGGAAGGUUGGCUCUUGGCCUGGCAUUUCGAUGCAGAGGAUGAGAGAAUCAAUGCCGUAUCAUUGAUUCAAUGGAAAUUGAGAAAAAGACGAUUAUCGUGAUAUUUCCAAAAAAUUAACACACAUUGUUCCUUCCCUUCCCCCUAGUCACUCAACAUACCAGAUUAACACCAAUCAGUUAAAUGCAAACAUGUGUUUUAAGAUUGCUGAAAUAAUGCUGAAUAUACUCAACCGAAGUGUGUUCAGUUGAUGGGCUGCACGCAGCAACAACAUACACAUUCCGGUCGAGUCGUUGCGGCUGCACGUAGCAACACACGCCACUGUAUUAUACAGUAUGCGUCGUCGAUAUGCUCGGAUAUAUCCGUGCCUUACGAAAUGCUGAGAUGCUCAGCAAUCUUAAAACACAUGUUUGGUUAAAUGUUUACUACUAUUUGCUGCGUACAUUAUUAUGCUAAAUAAGUAUUGUUCAAAGAAAAUCUAUCCAAAUUCUUGUCUCAAUCUCUCUAUUUUACCGUUUUCAUUUUUGACAUUGAUAACUUGAUGUUUCUCAUGUACUAUGUAUUCUAUAUCUAUCUCUAUCUCUGUCACAUCUCUUAAUUCGCGAUUUGAAUUCAAUUCGUUAGAGACUUUCAAUAUUUUCGAACAAGAUAAAAAGAAAACUUUACACAAAUAACUUAUAACUUAUUUGAAAUAAGUGUACCACUAUGCAACUCAUAUAAACACAUAAUGUUUAAAUAACAAAGAAAAUAAGAAGAAAAAAAAAUGAAUAUCGAAAAUGACAAUAUGAUGAGAAAAUAUGAGAAGUUUUUAAAUAAUAUAUAGUGAAUACACAUAUUUUAAAACAAAUUGCAAAACAAUUAAAAUAUGAAGAAUAAAAGAAAAGAACACCGACCAAGAGUCAAGCCUCUGGACACGAUCAAAGGUUGAUCGAUUUACAACAAAUAAAAUAUUAAAAUACAAACAAAUUAAACUAUUCAAAAUAAAAUGCGUAGCAAAUUAAUAUGGUAAAAUCUAUUAGAUAGACAUUAAGAACCGUACACCGAUAUUUAUUGUUAAAUGAAAAAAAAUAAGAAUACAAAGUAUUAAAUGGUUAAAUUCUUAAAUUAUUAAUGAAAUGUUAAAUAAUUGUCAUCAGGUUUAUGUUUAGGUUUAGUUUGUUGAUAUUUUUAUUUCCAUUUGAUGCGUUUUACAAUACUCGAACAAUACAAAUUCCUUACCAUUCUUUCCUGAAACGAAAAUUACAAGCGUUUUUUCCAAAAUCGAAUUUCUCCAGCGGCCAAUUGUUUCCAUUGUUUUUGUCUUCGAUUCGUUCGCCACUACCACCAUCUUAGCUGAUUUUCCGAUUCGAAUGUCUCAUACAUACAUACUUUUAGCGUAAGGAGUUACAGAAAAUAAAACAAAUAUUACAAUGAGGUGAACAAUUCACGAAGCCUGUUUGGAGUGUGAGAAAUUUUGAAAAGCAAUUAACGUCGCCUUCGGCAAUCUAUUGAUCGCCAGAGCCGCCUUUGAUAUUCACAUAAUGUGUGUUAAUCACAUUUUCUGAUGCUUUGCAUAUCGAAAUAAUUUUUCCAGUCGUUGAAAAUUUCUUUUUCAAAAUAAUAUUUUCGUUGCAACUUUUUCUUUGAUAUCGCUCUUACGUUGCUUACGUUGCUUGUUCAGAUCAAAUUGAAACAACAAACUUGAAUAAAUAAUUUAAUCAAUGAAACCAAAAAAAAAAAAAUUAAAAUUAAACUUAAAAUUAUGUAUAAAACAAUAAAUCAUGACAUUUUACAAAAUGAAACGAACCCAAAUCAGAACGAUAUAUUUCAUGACAUUAAGAGCUCCAUAACGAAUAAACAACAUCAAUCACAAGAAGGAAAAUAUACACGCCACACACUUGUUUAGGAUGGCAAAUAGAAUAGAUGUUAGAUUGAUUGCACACAAACACAAAGUGCACAUACUUAAAUACUAUGGAACAACAAAAUAGAGACACAAACUCACAACAACAUGCAAACCAUUCACAUAAACAUCACUAUUCAAGUAGAAAUAUUUCGUUGACAAACAUUUCCUCUCUUCAUCAUUAUGGUUACAAUUCAAUUCAACAAUAACGAAAGACAAACAUACACACACACACACACACACACACAUUCUGUGUACCUUAUCAAAAACUAUAAGCGACACAAAAAGUAAUAAUUUUUGAAGAAUUCAUGAAAUGGUUCUAUCAUUGACAUUACUGAGAUAUAUUAUGUAAUUAUACCAAAUUACAAACUUAUUAAACAUAUACAAAAAGCUAUGAAUAAAAUUUAAAUAAACAGAAAAACAA